AAGCACGGUAAAAUCAGCGCUACUGUAUAAGUCUACAAGCCCUUGUAUAAACAAGAAGUCUGAUCAUUGCUGACGGUCUGUGCUUUUUCUGUUUGUGGUACAGGAGAAAUUAACACCACAAAAGCUGGCGCAAGAACAUCACAAAGUGUCUCCGAUGUUUUAUACACACCUGUUAUAAAAUUAUCAUGGAGAAUUCAACUGAAAUUGUGUUUGUUCUACAAGGACUGAAUGAGACGAAGUCGAACAAACACACAUACUUUGUCGUCACUCUUCUCGUUUAUCUUUCUACUAUUUUAGUGAACCUGACUUUGAUCGUGACCAUUAUUCUGGAGAAAACGCUCCAUGAGCCCAUGUUCAUAUUUCUGUGUAACUUGUGUGUAAAUGGCAUAUUUGGUGCCUCUACAUUUUAUCCUAAAAUAUUGGUGGACCUUUCAUCUGACGUGAGUGUUAUUUCGUAUGAAGCGUGUCUGGCUCAAAUGUGUGUAAUAUACAGCUACGUCUUCUGUGAAUUUACUACGUUAGCAGUGAUGGCUUAUGACAGAUAUGUCGCGAUAUGCAAGCCGCUGAAUUACCACUCAAUCAUCACACCUGGGAAGGUGGGGAAAAUGCUGCUUUUUACCUGGCUGUUUUCCAUCACUGAAUCAAUUAUUGGAAUGAGCCUGGUAGCCAGACUACCCCUCUGUGGAUUCAACAUCGAAAAGAUUUACUGCGUAAACUGGGCAGUGAUAAAGCUGUCAUGUGUGGAUACCACUAUCAACAACAUAUACGGGUACAUUCUCAUGUUUUCUCAUAUUUCACAAGCAGUGCUAAUCUUGGUUUCCUAUAUUAAUAUCGUAAAAGCAUCGGUGCGAUCGCAGGAACAACGGAGUAAAUUCAUGCAGACCUGUUUGCCCCACUUAAUCACAUUGACCAAUUUCUUAAUCGCACUAGUUUUUGACAUAAUGUACGCUCGCUAUGGUUCCCGCAACCGUCUGCAGCCUCUCAGCAAUUUCCUGGCCUUGGAGUACCUCGUUGUCCCGCCGCUCCUAAAUCCCAUUAUUUAUGGCUUGAAAAUGAACCAGAUCCGCAGGAGAAUCUUUAGAACUUUACGUCCGAAAAUUGAUGCUCUAAAGUGAAUGUUGUUUUUACUUUCCCCUCCAGACAGGAAAAUAUUUUUUUUUAAAUAUGUGCUUGAUUGAAUUUUGCAUAUGUAUCUGAAAUAUUGGUGUUUGAAUUGUUAUCAGUCUCAUUUACUACCUUAAUCUUCAUUAAGAUCAAUCCUAAUUUUUCUUGUGAUGUUCUUUCGUUUGCAAGGCCAGUAUAGCCUACUUUAAUUCUCUCGCACCCCUGCAGGUAUGUGCCUGGCAGGCAGUAGCCUACCAAAUUUUAGCCUCAGUGCUUGCACAAUGAAGCUGCUUCAUGGUUAAGAACCUUAACCUUCGCCGCAGGCUACACCAGGUGUUCCAAGCGCAGAUAAUUCCUUUGGCACUCACGGCCCAAGCGCCUGGAUAUUAAACGCAAUUGAAUUUGAAAAUGUGUUUAUCAGGGAAUAUAUUCCUGAAUUUAUAGGCAACUACUGUGACCUUAUCGUUGUCAUAUUAUGUUAGUCUGUAAUAUCUACAAGAAAAAAUAAAUCACCGUUAAAUUUAAUAUAUCGAAAUGAAAUGUAUCAGGAAACACUUUCUAUGCUGUAAAGGACGCCGUAGAUCAUAAAACGUAGACUAAACCUUACGUAUGGAAAAUAUUCACUUAGUUUUGACUCAUAGAGUUAUGAUUUAGUUUGUAGACGAACAAGUGACGAACUGGACGAUGAAUUUCAACCGAAAUAAAGACGUAGAAAAUACACGUGUAAGAUUUUUGAGACAUUUAUUUUAUUUUAGUGAGAAACCCGAUACAAAAUGUCCCCUCAUUUACGGACCUGCUCAGUAAAAAUGUUCGGCAUUAAAUAAACUCUUGCACAGUACAUAUGAUCCUGAUUGGACUCAUAUGUAGGAAGAGCUGAAUCUAAACUGGACAUUUUACAGUGUGAUCACAAGUGUGAUCACACUUAUCUGAUCAUCCUAAUGCUGAUGAAACUGUCACUACUGGUAACCGAAAGCAAUCUAGGACACUCAUUUAGAAUUCUGGAACAAAUUUAACACAAAGGGUAAGGCCUGGCCUGAGAGGAUCUAGCAGAAGGCCCUCUGUCCUGCAGUUUGUGGUCUACACCACAGGAUGUCAGUAAAACGCCACGAAAAAAAGUUCUGCCUCAGAGCGCCGAGGUUCUGUCAACCUCGAAGAAGAAAUUACACACUAAGGCAACCUGAUUCAGGAAAAAAGUAAAUAACGAUCACGAAAUUAACCUGUAAUUAAUAUACCAAUGUAGUAGCCUAUAAAUAAUCCCAUAGUGGAAAUAAACAUGGAAAGUCUUUAUGUCUUACUAGGACCUAUGGUGUCCCCAUUAGUGGUAUAAUGGUUUUAAAAUUGUAACUGGGAUAUGCUGUACAAUUAAAAUGUUGCUCACAUAUAAGCAAAGAAUACGAUUUCUUUUACUUGUGUGCAAAUCAGCCACAAAACUUGGUCAUUCCAAAUCGCUUUUGGUUUAGAGGUUGCGAUAUUUCGAGUUUGAAAAGCCCCCAGAUUGUGUGAAAGACUUUUAUAUUAAUCAGUCUCAUGUGAGAAUUUUUUUUUUGUAAUGCAGAAAAGCGCGAUGAGAGUCAAUUAUUUGGCUGAGGUGUUGUGCUCUAGAGGGGGAAGCGUGCAGUAGGACCCAGGCGAGGAGAAGAAAACUCGAAGCAGAUUCUAGCAAAAAUCACAGGGUUUUUACUCUGGCAUGUAUGAAAAAUACGAAAAGACAAAUAGCCAAAA